AUGGGCAUACAAGGGCUCCUUCCUCUGCUGAAAAGCAUCACAAAGUCUCCAGUCCACGUCCGCAGGUAUAGUGGCCAAAAGGCAGCUGUGGAUGCUUAUGGCUGGCUUCACAAAGCAGCUUAUUGUUGUUCCUAUGAGCUUUGCGAGGGCAUCUACUCUGACAGGUUUGUUGCGUAUUGCAUGCAAAGGGUGGAGACCCUGCAACAGGCCGGUGUAUCACCGAUCAUAAUCUUUGACGGAGGCAGGCUCCCAAUGAAGUCUGCUGAGGAAGGCACCAGGGCCAGGAGCCGCAGCGAGAAUCUGGAGAAGGCACGAGCGUACUGGCAGGCAGGGAAUACAACAGCUGCAUAUGAGUCGUACCAGAGGGCCGUGGACAUCAGCCCUGCCACUGCCAAACAGCUCAUAGAGGCGCUGAAGGCAGCAAAUGUGGAAUACAUAGUGGCUCCCUAUGAGGCAGAUGCUCAGAUGGCCUACUUGGCAAUCAACGGCAUUGUGCAAGUGGUCAUCUCUGAAGAUUCUGACAUGCUGGCAUAUGGCUGUCCGCGAGUGUUUUUCAAGAUGGACAAGAACGGGGACGGCCAGGAAAUCUGCAUGGCAGAUCUCCCAGAGUGCCGCAAUCCCAGCUUGAUCGGCUUCACACCUGACAUGUUCUUGGAGAUGUGCAUCCUUGCUGGCUGCGACUUCCUGAAGGCGCUGAGCUCCAUUGGCAUCAAAAAGGCGCAUGGCCACAUCAGAAAGUACAAGACGUUCAUCCGGGUGUGCAAGAGCCUGCGCUUCUCGGGGGUCAAGGUGCCCCGCGAGUACGAGGCAGACUUCCAGAGGGCGCUGUGGACCUUCCGGCACCAGCGCGUGUACUGCCCGGCCGCCCGCGCCGUGGUGCACCUGCGCCCUCUGCCACCCGGGGGCCUGGCAGAUGGCGUGCUUGUGCUGGCUGCCCUGCCCAGCAAGGAGGAGGCUGACCUGCCCUUCCUGGGGCCCAUGCUGCCUGACUCUGUGGCGCAGGGCAUUGCCACAGGUGGACCCUUGCUCCUCGAAGUCUGGUAG